CCUGGUGCAGGCCGGGAUACUGGAGGAGUCCGCUAGCUGCUUGGUGACGUGUGCGGGCCCGGAUACCAUGGCCGACGGGAGCAGACGGGCUAAGCUGGCGUCUGCCAAGAAGAAGUUGAAGGAAUACCAGCAGAAGAAGGUGGCUCCACCUGCCUCUUCAGGAAUCAAAAAGAAGAUAACAGAUGACAGAUCUGAAACAGCAACGACUCUAACAGCGAAUAAUGAUGAAAUUUGUGAGAUGCCUCUGCAGAACAUUCUGAAGGUGUUGGUGGCAGACCGCAGUAAAUCCAAUGGGGUAAAACUGCCUUCAUUGGACAGGCUGAAGCAGGCUUCUCUGGAAAAUGAUCUUGACAAUCUUGGUAGAGGACGGAGGGUUGAUGGUGCCACGCCUGCUCGUGUCAACAUCUCCAACAGCAACUUGCCAAAUACUAUGACUGUAAAGCAGCACGUUGAUCUGACAGUACAGAAUGAAGCUUCCUCCCAGAUAACCCUGGCUGGAGAAGAAAAUCAACCUGAAGAAACCCGAGGCGUCUCCUCCACAGAGAGUCUUCGACAGUUGUCCACUCAGUUAAAUGGCCUGGUGACUCAGACCACUUUUAUGAAUGGUGAAAGUGCAGCCUGUACCAUCAGUCCAAGUGAACUAGAGGCACGAAACCAAGAGUUGACUGUAGCACUUGACUCCAGCAAUUUGACAAAUAGAGAACAAAGUGAAAAGAUAGAAGAAUUGGAAAAACACAUUCAGGAACUUAAAAAUCAGCUAGAGAAGGAAAAGCAAGCUUUUGACCAGAAGUCCAACCAAAAGUGUGAAUCCAUGAAAGACCAGCUAAAACUUCACGUAGACACCAUUGAGAUUUUGGUUUCUGAGAAAUCGGAGUUGCAGUCAGCGCUGGCUCAUGCUAAACAGAUAUUGCGGGGCAAAACAGAUGAAACGGGAGAACUCAAUAGCAAGCUGAAUGCUUCUACGCAAAGAGUGGCAGAACUGGAGCAAACUCUAUCCAGCAUUUCAUCCCAACAGAAACAGUCUGAUAAAAAUUACAAAGAGCUUGAAAAGGAGAGAGAGAAUCUCAAACAAGAGGUGGACAAACUAAAUAAGAUGAGUGAAGAGAUGAGGCAACAGAACUCUGAGCUCUCGGAACAGUUGAGCUCCAAGGUAUCAGAAAACGACUUGGUGAGGAGGAACAUUCAAGAACUCCAGAAGAGACUGGAAAUGGCAGAGUUGACAAUUCAGCAGUUCUCAAACCAGUCAGAGCUUCCAGAUGCUAAUCAGCAGUUGCAACUGGCUCUUGAAGAAAAAGCUCAUUUAAUGGCACAGAUGAAUGAACUUUCAAAAUCACAGCAGCUGCUACUUGUUGAGAGAAAUCAAUAUGCCCACAAGCUGGUGGAGGAGGGCAGUGUUUGGCAGCAGAAAGUUCAGCAGCUGGCAGAACAAAUAAAUGCACUAUCAGAGGAGAGGGAGAAGAAUGUCAACCAUAUGCAGGAGCUAGAGGCCUCGUUGACUGAUCUCCAGAAGACAUCAGCACAACAGAAUGAGGUCGGUGAAACCCACACCAUUCCAGAGCCCAAAGGUCCCACAGAGCAAGAGCAAUUACUGGAGGAGAGCAUUCAAUUCCUGCAACGAGAGAAGGAGGAAUUGUAUUCUCAGUACCAGGCACAGGUUCGUGACAAUGAGCAGCUGAGUCAUUUGAACCUGGAGCUGGAAGAGAGACUACAGGAACUGGAGAGGACAGUGGAACGUUACAAUGACAAUUCUGUAGACAGACAGCAACUGCUGGAAAACAUGCAGAGUGACAAGGCUACAAUAAGCAGGGCACUGACACAGAACCGUGAGCUCAAGGAACAGCUGGCAGAGCUUCAAAAUGCAUUUGUCAAACUUACUAACGAGAACAUGGAACUCACUAAUGCAUUGCAGUCGGAACAGUAUGUCAAGAAGGAGCUAGCUAAAAAAGUUGGAUGUAUGCAUGAGGACGUAGCAGAUUUGAAAGAAAAGCUUGAGAUAAAGUCGCAGGAAGCUCAGGCCAUGCAGGGAGAGAGGAAUGAGAUCUGUACUCACCUACAACAGUACAUUGCAGGUUACCAGCAGCUGGUGGCUGAGCGAGAACAGUUUCAGAAACAGAUACAGCAGGCACAAUUCAUGAGCAGUUUGCAGCAUGAGGACUUACAAGAGGGACUGCAAAAUGAGUUGCAACUGAAGAAUCACCAGGUGACAAAGGAACAACUGGAACGGUUGAAUGAUGAAAACAAAGGUCUGAAGUCAAUGAUCAGCAGACUAUCAGCAGAUCUGAGCAAGAUCAGUUCACAGCUUGGCGAAGAUGAUGGUUUGGAAGGUCAGCUCGUUCCCAUGCAUGGAAAUCAGAAGAGCCAUGUUACAAUGCCAGCAGAGCUGGAAGAUCAAGAGGAGCUGAAUUUAACACUAAACCAAGAUCAGCUAACUCCACAAAGCUUGGAAGCAUACCAGCAGCACGAGAUGCUCCUACCAGAGAUGUCAGCUCUGCUGGACAGACAAGAAGAACUGAGAGGAGAUGCCGACACGGUACCAACAAAUCUGUAUGAAGCCUUAAAAACUACGAUGGACAAGCUGCAGGUUCAAUUAGCAAACCUGUUAGAGGAGAAAGUUGAUCUUAAGAAGAAAUUGGAGCAACUGGAGCAUUACUGUACCCAGCUGUCUGGUGAGACAGAUACAAUAGGUGAAUACAUUGCACUUUACCAAAAGCAGAGAGCUAUACUCAAACACAGGCACAUGGUGAAAGAGGAGUACAUCUGCAAGCUGGCACAGGAUAAGGAGAAGUUGAGGAAAAAGUUAGGAGAAUUGCAGGAGCUUUCAUUGGAAUUGGCAGCUGAGAGAAAGAAAUGGUAUGAUAGAUAUGUUCGUUUCAUCAAACAGUCUAAGAUCCCAUUAACACCUGAAAUGCGACAGGAUGUGCUGGAAGAAGAUCUGGUAUCAAGCAUUGAAGAUCUAGAAGACAUACCCUUGGCAGAUGAUACUGAGUCCUCAAGCUCUUCACCCGAUUCCCGCUCUUCUAGCAGAGGUUUUGUUACCAAAUCAGGCUUACCCUCUGAAGACUACACUACAAAAAAGAUCAUAGAACUUACCGAAGAAAUCCAAAAUCCACAGGCCCUACCGAACUCAACCCUGACCUUUAUCAACUGCGUUCCCCUCUUCUACAGACUUGCCGAAAAUGGGGUAAUGAAGAUUGAGGUCGUCUAGUGAUCUGAUCCAGUCAAGCACAGGAAAUGCGAUAUUUCUUUGGGGGGUAGGAGAACAUUGUAAAAAGUUGUUUAGCUAAGGCUUUGAAAGGCUAAUUGAGUCAAUGUGCAACAUUUGGUACACCACAGGGGACUUUUGAGAUCAGAGAAGCCAUGGUUGUACCAAGUACCAGUAUUAAUCUAGCAUGACCUCUAAUGAUGCCUCGUCAAAACGAUUACCAUAAUUCUAAAUAGUUCCUUUAACAGCUGCUUUGAAACUGUUUACAAACAUAAUCAUUUAUAUUACGGAUUUUUAAAAUCCUACUCUGGCAAAUUCAUCUCCUCCUUCCCAAAGAUAUGGGUUAUAAUGAUUUUCAAAUGAUGAUAAUAGGAUUAUCCUGAUUAGUAACCAUUUGACUUGACUGCUUUUGUAGAUUACUCAAAGCUGUAUGGCAACUUAGUACAUUGCAGCUCCAAUCAGAAUUGUGAAAAUAAAUUACACUUGAAGUAACACUUCCCACCAUUUUAUAUAUCAUGUGUUAAAAACAAAACUGUUUAUUUAAGCAAUUUUUUAAAAAAAAAGUUUGAGUUUUGAAAUUGUAGAACUCCCUGAAAAUGGCUUUGUUUUUAAAGGCAGAGCCAUUACAACCAUGUAAACCAAAGAAACUGGCUUGACCCUGAGGUCCUGUUAACUUUUGAUGUUCUUCUCCCAGGCCUUUGUGAAGAAUAAGACAUUUGGGCAAGGUCCAGAGGGCUGUCAGUACGUUUUGAAGUAUCACCUCAGCAAGUGUUGGUGCCUUCAAGGAAGGUGUCCUGCAAUUUCCUCUUACUCCUGUUUUCAGUAAUAAAGAAAGGGAAGCUGCAGCACACUGCACAUGGAGUCUGAGACUGGGGGAUAGGUUUUGCAGUCCAAAACCUUAGAAUUACAGUGAUUUGAUAAUUACAGCACAAAGAGGCCAUUCAAUAGGAUCAGCUUUACUUGUCACUCCCUCUCAUUCUAUAGCCCUUUUAAGAUAUGGCGCCUUGAGGCCAUACUCGAUGUUUCUUAAAAUGGAGUGAUGAUUUAUGACUGUACCACUGUUUUUAAGCAGUGAUUUUUCUGGACUCCUGCAGUCUUCAGGUGAAAGAAUUUCUUUUGGCACCCCUCUGAUCCUCCCAUCCAUUAAUUUAAAAAAAUUUAAUUCCGUGGCACCUGCCUAUUGUUCUUCUUACAGCGACAGGUGAAAAACGAACUAUUUACUUGGGGACCUCAAUUUUAUACACCUCAGUUAAAACUUUUCUUCCUCUGUUCAAAAGGAAGCAAGCCCGAUCUAUCCAAUCUUUUCUCGAACUAAAAGUCUCUGUUCCUGUCAGCGUCUUUGUGUGUCUCUUCUGUAUCUCUGUAAUUUUGAACACUUUCAGUAACUUGCUCUUCUGUUGGUCCAAGGUGAAGUUCUUCAACCAUUGAUCCACGUAAUUAAAUCUAUUCCCUAAUCCUUUAUGUUCUUUCAUAUUCUUCCCAAAGCAUGCUGCAAGGAAUUGGAUACACAACUUGUGUCGAGGCUGUACCAGUCUAUUAGUUAAGAUCCUUUGUAUGCUGCUCUCCUUAGUUAAUUUAAACUUCUCAAAGUGCCUAUUACAUUUUUCCCUGAUUAUUGUUUCAAAAACCUUACUCACCACUGAAACUUAUGAUCAGUCAUUUUUAACAUGUCCUAGACCCUUUCUUGACCAAGAGUUAACAUGUUGCCACUUCAUAAUCUUCUGUCACUACCUGUAGUGGAAAUCGGGCUGUGAGAUUAUCUCCAGCCCCAUGCAUAAAUAUGUCAGUUUCUCUCUAUAUGGGAAGAUUGUGAAGGUAUAUCUUUACCUAUAAAUGGGCAGAAUGUGAAGGUGGGCCAUGGCUACCUUUUGUGGUCAGGUUGAAGUGUGCUAUGGUUACCUGUGAAUGGGGCAAAGUAAUGUGAAGGUGUCAAAUUUACUUGAACCUGGACAGAUUGCAAAGAUGUUGAGUUUACCUUCUUAUGGUCCGAUUGUGAAGAUGUGCCAUGGUGACUUGGUGCAUUUAAGGUGUGAAGUUUGCUUGUACCUGGACGGAUUGUGAAGCUAUUGAGCUCACCUGUAAAUGGUUAGAAUGUGAAAGUGUUAUGUCUGUAUGUGGACAGAUUGUAAAGGUGCCAUGUUACCUGGACAUGGUCAAAAGUGAAAAUGUUACGUUUACCUGUAAUGGUCAGAAUGUAAAGCUGUUAUGGUUAGAUGAAUGUAGACAGUUUGAGAGAGUGUGAAGCUGACCUGUAGAUGGUCAGAAUGUAAGUGUGCCUGUACUCUUCUUGACAUAGAAGUAAAUAUGUCACAUCCUCAAAUCUUACCAUCUGUAAGAAAACAUGGUGCAUCUGUUAAUUGUACAUGAAUUGUGUAUCAGUGUAUAUAAGUGGUGCCACUAACUGGAUGUUCAUGUACUCACAUGGAUGUGGACUGAAACUGGCUUGUGGAUUAGGUGGUGUGUGUGUGUGUGUAAAAUAUAUAACUUUGUAAAUAAAUUAUUUUAAAAGUAAAAAUCACAAAGAUUGACUCCAUCCUUCAGUUCGUCUGCCUUUCAAAUGAGAGUCUGCUCAUGAAUAGAACACUGAUGUGCCAUGUUUUCAACACCUGUACCCAGUGUGGAUUGUCAGAGCCUUCACUAUUAUAAUCUGUCAGUGAUCUUAGAUCGAUUUUUAUAUCAGGCAGGUGACUUAGUCAUUUUCCAUCAUGCUAAAUAUCUCUAUUUCACCCUUCAACGUUUAUCCCAUCAAAUACUUCAGCCUUCUCCUUUUACCUACAAGAUUACAAGCCUAUUUUGAACGUUUUAUGAAAACAGAAGGAAAGCAUCCUUUAAAAACCAUGCUGAUAUCUCACUCCUCAACAUACAAGUUAACUCCCCGGUAUGAAUUAGGACAUCUGUUUCCUUAGUUUCCAUCUUUCUCUUCACGUAGUUAUAAACACUUUGGGGUUUUCCUUGCUUUUAUUUGCCAGCAUGUCCCUAUUUCCCCCUCUUUGCUUUCCUAAUAUUCUUUUUACAGGUCAGAUUGUGUGAACAAGUUUCAUGUUUCCUGUGUAUUGGUGGAUUGUGGAGAUAAUGAUGAGCCCUUCCACUAUUUCCACCAAUGCUUCCCUUUUGCAAUCUGGGGUGCAAGCCGUCCGAUAUAAAACAUAUCCAGCCUUGGCAAUAGCCAGCCUUUCCAGUAAAUUACACCUGUCAAUUUUCAUCCCAAUAGCCUUUUCGUCUACUGCUAUUGACGUUUUGUCAGUAUCCUCUUUAUAUCAGUGUUGAAGGGUAUUGUGCACGUAUCAUAUCCCCUCACUUCUGUGUGUUGACUGAAACAUUAUUUCAGUCAAUAUUUCAGCAAUUUAAAAUUCCCUAUUAUUGCCAUUUUAUGGUUUUCUCAUAUGUCUGUGGUUUCCCUGCAAUCCUCUUUCAUGAAUUAGAGGCCUGUAGAAUACUGUCACUAAUGUGAUCAUAUCCUUUCUGCUUCUGAUUGCUACCAUAUUCUGUCUGUCUCCACCCUGGACAUUCUGUCCCUCCAUCAUUUCAUUUGGUACUGAGCAGCUGAUAGUUAUUUGGGUUCGACCUGAAAAUGAUCUGGCCUUUAUUUUAAAAGUCAUGAUUUCUGCAUGCUGUUUCGCUGAUCUUGAAGUAACAUGCUUUCCCCAGUUUGUAAAAUGUGACCUGAUGACAGAUAUCAGUUGGUCCCUUGAAACGACUGUGAUUCAAUUGUGUCUGAAUAUUUUAGGAAUUUAGAGCAUUUAACAAACCCCUUCAAUAAGCUUUCCCUUAGUCACAAUUCCAAAUGUUGGCAUAUUGAUUGCAUUUUGACUGAUUUUGUUUUGCUUUUCCAAUCUUUUAAACUUUCUGCAGAGUAUAACAGUCAGAAUAAUUGCGGUAUUAUUUUAAUUGUUACACUGCAGAGGUGGGAGCAAGCCCUCUUUCCCCUCGCCAGGUUUUGUGGAGGUGGGGGUGACUUCCUUCUAACUUAAGUGAUAUGAUACCUACAGAGGAAACAUGGUGUUUCAUGUGAUUGUAUUGUGGAAUGCAGUUCUGUUCUGAGUUGCCAUACUGUGUAAAUAGAGAAAAAAGUAAAGACAAACCGAUGUACAGCCUUGCAAUGCAAGGUGCAAACAAUUCUGUAUAUGGCGUAUCGUGUAAGAGUUUGUAAAUUCAUUAGAGAAGAGGUAGGCAGCAUUUUGAGCUGUUCCUCAUAGUGUAUAUCAUAACUUUAAUCUAAUUCAAAGGAACUGGGGGCGAUGAUUUUAGUAUAUUGUGGUAUUUAUUUGGGAGUGAAAAUCCAUUUUAUGAAAUAAUGUGAAACACAGGAAAAGGGUCUAUUAUAAUACUGAUGUGAUCCUGGUAGCCUUUCUUGUUAAAUAA